AUGAACGACUCGGAUAUCAUUGCGUGCGUGUAUCCACACAGCACUUAUUCCAACAUCGCCUCCCAAGCCAUCGCCGCUAGCUGGCUAUGCCCCAAUCCUCCCCAAGACUUGGACGAAAUACCAUAUAACAGGAGCGAGCGAGAAAGAACCGGGUCACCAGACGACACGAUUGAGUCUCUGCCAUGUGCUGAAAUCAGGUUCAGCAAUAUACCAAGGACAGGUCGGGGAAUCAUCAUCGGAUCCCAUCCGGACUGCGAUAUUGUUGUGUUGAAAAGGGGCAUCAGCUCGCGCCAUAUCAGCAUCACAUUUGACGAACAGAAACGCCUCAUUGUCAAGGACUGGGGAUCUUUGAUUGGAACUCAGGUCACUUACGAUGGCCAAGGGGCAGGGAAACGAAGCAAGUUCCAAUGGAUCAUUGGUGGUCCUGAAAUUCCCAGGAACACGGACGACCUCAUCCUUGAGAUCCGAAAUGAUAUAUCCUUUCGAAUCGUUAUUUCCCAACACGAAAUUUAUUGUCCCGAAUAUAUAGAAAAGGUCGAUCGAUUCUGCCACGGCACAGCAUCACCCGAAGAACUCCUCGAUGACCUCAACCUUAUAAGUCGCCCAAUGACCAUGGCUCCCACCGGGGCCAACACACCAGGCCGGGACGAUAUAUACCUCGGAAAUAAACUUGGUGAGGGCAGCUUUGGCGUGGUAACUCACUUAUGGAACCCCCAUAUUGUCGAGUUAAUUGUAGAGUCCUUUGUGCCCAAGCCGCGGCUCUUUCUCGAGUAUAUGCCGGGCGGUUCUCUAGACGACCACACCGAUUUUACGAUUAACGAAACCCUAACGAUCCUCCGCCAGUGCCUAUCAGCUCUAAAGUAUCUCCACGACCAAGAACCCCCGAUUGCUCACCGGGAUAUAAAGCCAGCCAACAUUCUGGUCAAAUUCCGGACCGAGAACUUCAUCUUUGUGAAGCUCGGUGACUUUGGCGUAUCGGGGGAUAGCUCUGAGCUCAUGACCGUGUGUGGGACUCAGAAGUAUAUGGCGCCGGAGAUAUACCAAGAGUGGCAGCAGAGAGCCGGCGGAAAGAGGAAGAGGGGGUAUAAUGAGACCGUCGACAUCUGGUCUCUUGGUGUGGUGGCAUACGAGUUGCUGGAUGGCCUCCCGCGGUACGCCAGUGACCACAGGCGUUAUGGGAUGAAGUGGUGCGAAGCAAUUGUCAAAAAGCUUCAAGAGGACGUGCCAAUAUAUAAGGACAACCUGCGUCGCUUCCUCCUGGGAUCGAUAUUGGUCAUAUCACCUACGUCGCGCCUAUCAGCCAGGGACGCAUACAGGGAGGCCAUAAACUUGUCCAGCGAGGGUGACGAGACACCCUCCUCAGGUGGAUCAAGUCCGGGGUCCUUAUUCGACGCCGAGGAGGAAGACGAAGGGACCAUCGUUCAAAGGGCGCCGGAGGACGACACGACGAGCUUGCUCAAUCCUCUGACGAUGGUCCCAGCCUCAACCAUAACGACGAUCUCGCCCCAGACCCAGGUGCCAGCGGAUGGGGAAGAGCUGGCACACUUCCUAAAUAAUUACUCGUCCGACCCUUUAAACAGCCUCUUUGUCGGCUCGUCAUUAGCCGAGCUGGGGGGAAAGGAGGACGAGACGGGCUUUGGGUCCUUGUUAGGGUCCUCCGCUGCGGGGUUGGGCGUCGAGGGUGAAACGACUGAUGAGGCCCUGGUGAAGGAUGACACAGGACAAGGGGAUUUAGGGGAGGAAAUAAGGUAG